UGCUUCCGGAUCCGGUCUUGCUGGUGGUGACGGCGCUGGAGAUGGCGGACUGUCGGAGUGGGAGCUCCGUGGAGAUGGGGAUGGGGAUGUGGAAGGCGGCGAGUCGGGCCUCAGCGCCCCUGCUGCUCCUGCUCGUCUCCCUCGUGUCGGCGGCAGACGGGGCCGGGCGGACGCUGGUGCUUCUGGAGAACGUCAACAUGAAGGAGACGCACUCCAUGUACUUCAGGAGCCUGGCGGAUCUUGGGUUCAAUUUGACUUUCAAGAUUUCAGAUGAUCCUGGUCUGUCUCUGAUUAAACAUGGAGAAUUCUUGUUUGAUCACCUCAUCAUAUUUUCACCAUCUGUGGAAGAUUUUGGAGGCAACAUUAAUGUUGACACCAUUUCAACAUUCAUUGAUGGAGGUGGAAAUGUACUGGUCGCUGCAAGCUCUGACAUUGGGGAUCCUUUACGGGAACUGGGUAGUGAGUGCGGGAUUGAAUUUGACGAGGAGAAGACGUUGGUUAUUGACCAUCAUAACUACGAUAUUUCUGAUUCUGGCCAGCACACCUUGAUCAUUGCCGACAAUGAACAACUACUGAAAGCUCCCACUAUUGUGGGGAAGCGGCCAACAAAUCCUCUUUUAUUCCAAGGCGUUGGCAUGGUGGCAGAUCCUGAUAAUCCUCUGGUCUUGGAUAUUCUGACCGGAUCCUCCAGCUCUUAUUCCUUCUUUCCAGACAAACCAGUGACACAGUAUCCUCAUGCGGUGGGGAAGAACACCUUGCUGAUUGCUGGACUCCAAGCACGGAACAACGCCCGUGCUAUCUUCAGUGGAUCUAUCGAUUUCUUCAGCGAUGCCUUCUUUAACACCCCUGUGCAAAAAGCAGUCGCGGGAGCUGAGCGAUUUUCAAAAAAUGGGAACUAUGAACUGGCAAUAGCACUGUCACGCUGGGUAUUCAAAGAAGAAGGAGUUCUCCGUGUUGGAAAGGUGUAUCACCACCCAGUUGGCGAAGCCAGUCCACCAAAUGCUUAUACCAUAACUGAUCUGGUGGAAUACAGCGUUGUUAUCGAGAAACUCUCGGAUGGAAAAUGGAUCCCGUUUGAUGGAGAUGACAUUCAACUGGAGUUUGUUCGUAUUGAUCCUUUUGUUAGAACCUACCUAAAGAAAAACGGUGGUAAAUACACUGUACAGUUCAAACUGCCUGAUGUGUAUGGCGUGUUCCAGUUUAAAGUGGAUUAUAACAGGCUUGGAUACACCCACCUGUACUCCUCCACUCAGGUAUCUGUGCGUCCUCUUCAACACACUCAGUACGAACGUUUCAUCCCGUCUGCCUACCCCUACUAUGCCAGCAGCUUCUCCAUGAUGAUUGGCCUUUUCUUGUUCUCUGUGGUCUUCUUGCACAUGAAAGAGAAAGAGAAGUCUGAGUGAGGGAUUGACGAGGGUGUCCAUUCUUGGUCUCCAAUGCUGAGAAUUUAAGUUGGUUAAUAACGGUGAACGACGGUUGCAAAUUCACACUUUUCUGGAGCUGCUGCCAUCUCAGGUGCAACUAAACUACAAAUCCCACUUAUUGAGAUCCCUCCGUUGAUCAGAGGCUAGCCGUGAACUGCAGGUUGCAGAAAGUAGUGGGAGCAUCAAUUUUAGUGUUGAUUUUCAUUGGACUGUAGAACAAAAUAACUUGGUUUAAAAAAUUAAAAAAAAAAAAAAAAUUAAUAGCCUGAAAUGUUGGUGUUAUUUUCCAUUUUGGAAAAAGAGAAUUAAAUCCUUGGUAAAAUAACAGGGAAAAUGUAAAUAAUUCCUGGUGUUUCUUCACCACUGGCAGUAAAAGCUCCAGAAACACAGAACAACACAUGUUGGCCAACUUCAGUUUCAAACAAUAUAACCACUUGGGGUCUCAUUGGUGGAAUCAUACCAUUUAGUAAAUGAUGUUAAGAGAAAUUAGUGGAAAAUUAUUUUCAGAUCUAUCAAAUCACUUUUUUUAAAUGCUCCCCAACACUUCUUUUUUUAAAUGCACCUAUGUUGAUUCUGCACCUAAACUUCUCAAUCUGUUUCUUACCAUUGGAAAUAAAGUUUAACAUUCCAUUUA